GUCGUUUCAAGACCUUGGAAUCUCCUUCGUCGUCGUCGUUGCCUCUCGACUUCUGAACUCAAGCCAUCGUAUUUCACGGCCGUAGAAUCCUGUGAUAUCUUCGCCCAGUAGACUUGCUUCUGCAAUGCUUGCUAGCCUCGUCAUCUUCAGCAAGCCGACACCUUGCACAUUGUCCAACUAGACUUCGUUCUCCCGGCAAGCCAUCAUCGUCGCAUUGAUCACAAGCCAGUCACCAACAUGGACUGGCUAGGCAGAGCAUAUCUCAACUUCACAACGGCACCCGAGUCGCUUCAGCUCACGGGCAAAGACGGUGCCAAGACAGACCUGCUCACGGUGGUCAAGGAGACAGUCCCGCCCUGCAAUCUCAACCCGCUCCUCUUCAAUGGCCACCUCCAGACCUGCUGGACCGCUUUCGGCAGGGCAGCUCCUGCUACACACUACAAGCGGCGCAUCUUUGAGGCGGAUCACGCAGAGUUCAACGGCAGCUAUGCCGUCGACUUUGUGAACCGGGGCCCAGAAGAACCCGUGGACCCCUCGCUGCCUCCUCGGACCGCGUAUUUUUCCGACGAGGAGAAAGCCGCGAUGGGGUCCGAAGACUCGCGGCCGAUGCUGGUCGUACUUCACGGCCUCUCUGGAGGCUCGCACGAGGUCUACCUGCGCCACGCCAUCGCACCAUUGGCUGACAGCGGAGAGUGGGAGGUCUGUGUUGUCAAUUCCCGAGGGUGUGCCAACAGCAAAAUCACCACCGGGAUUCUGUACAAUGCGCGCGCGACGUGGGACGUGAGACAGACCGUUAAAUGGCUUCGCAAGACGUACCCCAACCGGCCGCUGUUUGGGCUGGGAUUCUCCCUGGGCGCCUGUAUUUUGACGAAUUACAUUGCCGAGGAAGGUGCAUCGUGCAAUUUCAAGGCGGCCAUCGUCUGCGCAAACCCUUGGAGCCUCGACAUCUCACACAAGAUGCUGAGCAGCUCGUUCAUUGGUCACCACCUGUACCAGCGAGUGCUUGGAACCGCAAUGCGCAAACUGGCUGCCGACCACAAGGAGGAAAUCAUCAAGUAUACCAAUGUGGACUACGAGACUUUGACCACGCUCACCUACUUGCAUGAGUUUGACCGUGCCUACCAGUGCCCGACCUGGGGUUACCCAACUGAGGAUGCGUACUAUCGGGAUGCCUCAAGCAACGAUUCGCUUCUCGCAGUCCGCAUCCCUCUGCUGUGUCUCAACGCUGAGGACGACCCGAUUGCCAGCAAAUGGGGACUGCCCCGGACCGAGGCGGCGCAGAACCCGUACACUGUCCUUUGCACCACGUCACUUGGUGGCCACAUUGGCUGGUUCGAGCUUGGAGGCGGACGUUGGCACGCGAAGCCGAUUUUCAAUUUUUUCAACCGGAUGGCGUUUGAGAUAGAGGCGGAGAGUAUCUCUCAUGACCAGCCUUUGCACCAAGCACCACGGAAGAAGGAUGCAGGUUACUCGCCGACGCACUUUGAGCCUCUGCGUCGCAAGAUGCAGGUGAAGCUUGAUUAGAAGCUAUCCGUGUCCUUGCCUAUAUAAUCUUUUGUUUGAGCGUAUAGACAGGUGCUGUUUGAUGGUGGUCCAUUAGAGCGUACACCGGGCAGACUGAGUUGAAGCGAAAGCCUUGCUCUUCAAUCUA